AUAGUUUCGCAUGUAUUUUUGGGAAUUUUUAGCAAAUUACUUCACUGUCUGCAGAAUCAAACAUUUGUAUUCGAAUGGAAGUUCUGAGCCUUCAGGGUACUGUUCUUCAUCUUUGUAGAUCGCAUGCAGAAUCAUUUGAACUUGUGGUGCUCGAAGAGUUUCCCAUCACUUGGCUGGCUGAUUUGAAAGUUGCUUAGAAAAGAAUUGUGAGAAUAUAGCGAAUAUUCUCAAUUCAGAAUAUUCGCAUUUUUUAUAUUCCUUACUUCAGUAUUUACCCCUUAGCUAAAAUUACCCAGCAGAUGGCGUUGGCAAACAUGAAAAAAAAUCAUAACCACACUUAUUUAUUUUACAUGCAAAAUAAUUUAGAAAAAUUGUGAUAAGAAUGUUUUUGUGGUUUUUGUAAUAAUAAAAUUUAUUUUCUAAGAAAAUCCCUAAAAUGUCAGGACGAUUUUAUAUAUUGGAUCAAAAUGGCGUUGUGGACUUGUAUAAGAUUAAAAGGGACAAAGUUCUCAAAAAGAAAUGUUUAGAAGAAUUUAUUGAGGACUCAACUUUAAAAAUCCCCGCUAAUGGCUAUGAAAUUCACAAUUUCCUGCUUCUUCUGCAAACAGGAUGGGAAACAAGGUGCUUAGUUAGUGGGAAUCUCAAUAAAUACACGAGAGUUGUAAUUUAUGUUAGAGAUCCACAGUGGAAUUACAUUGAUUAUGCCGGGUGCCUCAUAGCUUGCAAGCUGGCUUUUGAGCGUGCUGAAUUGGAUAAUCUUCUGUCUUGGUUCUCGACCCUUGGCGGAGCAUUUUCUUCCCUUGGAGAUGAUUUUGAGAAUUGCGCCCAAAUUGCUGGUCAAAUUUCAGUGAAGCAACUCAAAAUUGCCUUAAGACUAGGUGAUCCUUACACUAUUGCCAGAUGCAAGCUGUACUAUAGUAUCUCCCUCAUUCAGCGCGGUCAUCUACGAGCUGCAAAAUACUUAAUCCGCGAACAAUACGCAUUCGCAACCAAUGCAUCCCAUCCCGAUGAUCGUCUAGUCCGUAUGUGCCUGGGAAUAUGGGCAAAACUCCAGUAUACACACUCACAACGUCAUAAUGGGCAGCAGGAACGUAUCCGAAGAGAUCUUCCAACGAUUUCCAUUUAAUGAAGAAAAAUUAAUUAGUUUUGUAAAUAAAACAAAAUUGUUCUCACCACAAAAAA